AUUUAAACUUGUACGGAAUUGUUCAUGAAUCAAGAACCAAGAUAUUUUACUAUUUAUUUCAUAUUAGUUCGUGUUACUUACAAUUACAUUGUGAAAUACUAAAAUAUUUAGGUACUGAAUGUACUAAUAAUUUAAAAGUUGGCUUAUAAUUCGACUACAAACACUGUUCAAACUACAAUAUUAUAUAAAUCAUUUCUUGUCAUUUAAGUAUUAAUAUUAUUUAUAACUUAUUCAUUUUUUCAUUAUGAGUCAAUUUUUAAAUAUACCAGAAUCAUAUAAAGAUAUUACAACUGCUGCUAUAAAGGGAUUGGGAUAUGAUAAUGACACAGUGAUUUGUACAACAGAAAAAAAACUUAUGACAUUUUUUAAAGGAUAUUUGAUGAAAAAUUGUUAUGUGGAAAUUGAAGUUAAACAUUUAGAACCAUUUAUUGCAUAUAAUGAGUCUAAAAUUGAAGUUUAUUAUAUUUUAUAUGGAGACAAUAAAGUUGUAAUAGUCAAAGAAGAAACUAGUCUUGAGAUUAUUACAACAUAUUCCAAUGUGUAUGAAAUGAUCAUCAAUGAUCAUAAUAAUUCAGGAAUACCUCAACUUUAUAUGAGAACUGAUAAAGGCUUUGAAUCUGUUGAUAUUAUUGAAAAUAAAGAUCAAAUUAGUAGUAUACAUCAAGAAACUUCUGUUGUAUAUAAAUUUUGUGUAAACAAAUUACAACAAUUAAAAACAUUGUAUGAUACAGAAAGAAAUAAAAUAUCACAAAAAACUUCAUCUUUAAUUAGUGCUGUAAUGCAAGUAUCGAAUGAUGCUGCUUCUGAUGUUAAAUUUUUAUCAAAUGUUGUCACAAGAAAUUCUUGGCUAAAAUUAUCUAAUGAAAAUCUUGUGUAUGGAUUUACUCUAGAAAACACUUCAAAAUUACCUGUAUCAAAUUUUAAUCUAAUACUAUUAGAAGAUAAUAAACAAAUUUGGUCAAGAUUUCGAUAUGAAUGUUGGACUGUUGAAAAAAAUAAAAGCGAAUUUAACUUCUAUAAUGGUUAUGAAAAUACUUGCAUUUCAAAAAGUAUUGAAAAUAGUUGUAUGACUUUGAAUUCUGAAAGCUCGAGCAUAAUUACAAUUGUCAUUGAUAAUUGGAAAACUAAAUCACUUCCAUAUUUUGUUAAUAGUAUGGUAUACAUAAAUAACAAUGAUGAUAUGAUACAAUAUAUUGAUUCCGAUAAAAUUAUGGUUACUGCAAACUUAUUCUUGGAUAAAGAAUUUGAUACAUUUGUUAAAAAUGGAGUUUUUGUUGAAGAUUUAGUGACUUUACAUUGCACUAAAUUGAUCUCAUGUUAUCAAAUCAAGAGUACCAUGUGUCUUGAAGAUCUAAAAAAUAUAAUGAUGAACAAUUUUAAAUUUGAUAUAAACCAUGAUUGGCUUGUUCACAGUUCUUUAUCAUGGUUAAGAACAAUUGUUUGUUAUUUGGAUCUAGUAUCACCAUUAGAGUAUAUUCUUAAAGUGUAUUCAGACUCAUUGGGGUGUACAAAAAUAUUUAUUCAAGUACUGUCUACAAUAUUAUCAGAAAACACUAUUAUUAAUUAUCUAGAUACUAAAGUACCAACAUAUUAUAAUAUUGAUACUGCUAUAUUAGAUUUAAGGGAACUUCGAAAAAUAUUUAAAAGAUAUUUGAACAAACAAAUAAUAAUACCAAGAGAUCAAUGGAAUAUCACUCGUUGUAAAUUGUUGUUUACCUGACACGUCGAACACGUCGCCGCGAUGAUGCCGUGUGAUAGAAACGGUGGCGGAAACGGCAUACAACAGGAGCGCGAGCAAGAACGCCGUCGUUAAUGCCGGCAAAGGCUGUGAACGAGACGUCAUCACACCUCGUGUCGUUGAUGUCCGCGCACGCUGCCCUGCAGCACGCGUGACGACGGCGAUGAUGAAUUUCGCCGUCCGUUCUUCAGCCGACACCGUCGCCGCACUCGUCCUCCAUCCGAUCACCAAUGUCCGCUGCUGAUUUUUCUUCUAUACAUCGUCGGGAAACACGCACCAAAACAAAAACGAAAAACAAUCAAUUUAAUAUCGUUCGUACUCUACAUUGUAUUAUCGAAUUUUGUAAUCCAAAUAAAUUAUAAUAUAUAAU